GCGUGCGCACGCGCAGUAAUGGGUCCGGGCCUGAGACUGGGGGCCCGCUGCUGGGGGCUCCUCCUGCCGCUUCUGAAGCCCCGCACCGGCGCGCGCUGGUCCGGCGCGAGGCCUCCGGCGCAGGCGCAGAGCAAGUCUAGCCGGGGUCUCGGCCUCGCCUCGGCCGUGGGGAUUCGGGGGCUCCAGAGCGGAGCGUGGCGGGACGAGGCCGACGCCCGAGCGGAGCGGGCCCCGGCAGGGCACACGGGACCCAAAUUUGACAUCGACCUGCUUGUGUCUCUCUUGAGGCAAGAAAAUGCAAAAGACAUCUGUGUGAUCAAGGUUUCUCCAGAACUCAGAUACACUGAUUACUUUGUGGUUGUGAGUGGGACCUCCACGAGACACCUACAGGCUAUGGCCCAGUACAUAGUGAAGAUGCAUAAGUUCCUGAAAUCCAAAAGCGAUCCUUAUGUUCGGAUUGAAGGGAAGGAUGCAGAUGACUGGCUGUGUGUGGAUUUUGGCAGCAUGGUGAUUCAUUUGAUGCUUCCAGAGACCCGAGAAAGCUACGAAUUGGAAAAGUUAUGGACUCUGGGUGCUUAUGAUGAUCAGUUAACUCAGAUCACACCAGAGUUGAUGCCCGAAGACUUCAUCCUUGGAUUUCCACCAGAAGAGGAGCCUUCGGCAUAUUCUCCAUUAGAGGUGGAGAGAAAAUAGCAAGUUUUGAAGUGGCUAGAACAGGCAAUGUUCUUAGGAGGCUUUCUCUUUGGGUUAGCAGUGAACUUAUCUACUAGGACAGUGGGGUUUCUUUUUGCCAAGCACACUCUGGCAUGCACUCAGUGUGGGAAGCUCAUGGAAAACAAAGCUUUGGAAAGUGGGCAGUGGCAACACUAGGGACACGCUCACUUGGUCUUUCAGGCAAGUGACCCCGAGCAAGAAGCACAACCUACAGUCAGGAGUGGCAGAGAUGGGUCACUUAGGUAUAGAGCUAAAUUGCUUCAACCUUUCUCUGACCCUAAUCAGGUUUUUGUGGAGUUGUUUGCCUGGCUUGACUUCUGUUCAUCUCUGAAGUCAUUACUUCUUGUAUCAUUUAAAGAACUCUCUCUCAUAGAAUGAAAUGUUUAGAGGAGGGCUCAGCUUGCAAGUUUAGCAUCAUGCAAAAAUGCCCUUUUGUUUAAGGAAUGACUUACAUGGGGAUCAUCUGCACUUGGUCUUUAUUUUUAUUUGGGGGGAGAGAAGAAAAUCAUGGGAAAAAUCAGCAGCUCUGUUUACGCACUGUUUCUAGAUUUGACGUUGACAAAAUAGGAAAUAAAAAAUAUUAACUGAUA